GCGUUUAUAUGAAAGCAGUAAUGUCUUGCACUUCCUGUGUCAGAAGAGAAAAGAAACCAGCUCGUACUUCUGAGAAAGUUUGAGGUCAACUAAAGAACAGGUCAAAGGCGUGUGUCAGUUUCCCCUCUUCAGUACAGUAAAGUCUUCACUGCCAGCAGCACUUCAACUGUUGCUCAGACCUCUUGACCAGCAUGGCUGUUUGGAAACUGUGGUUUGUUCUGCUUCUGCUGCUACCUGCGUAUAACAACAGCCAAGUGACUCCUGUGAAAACCACUGGGAGAGAACCAUAUAUCACUCCGAUAUGCACCAAUGAAACACUGAAUAUCAUCACAUUUAUAAUAUGUAAGAUCAGAACAGAGAGGAGCAGAGGAGAAGAGUGUCACCUGGGGUUUCACUAUGAGCGUGGCUUUGAGCAUGGAUGUGACCCCAGGUUCACACUUAUGAAAAAGAAUUGGACUUUAUUUCUUCAACUGACCAGUGUAACACCAGUGGAUAGUGGGAACUACAGCUGUGAGUGUACAUAUAUUGAAGGAACAAAUACUCUCCAUCUUCAAAUCACUGUGGAAGUAAAUCCCAGUGCCACUGUAGAGGAUGAAGAGGCCACAAGUUCCACAAAAAUAUCAAUUGCCAGUGCUGCUGUCAGUGUGACUGUAUUCAUCAUUAUAACUGGAGUUAUCCUGGGAUUUAUCCACAGAAGAAAACAUCACAGAAACUGUUCAAGAACAGACACAUCUGGAUCAUCUGUAUGUGAAACUCCCGGCUCUUUGACCGGAGAUGACCCAGAUGACCCCUACACAAGCCUUCAGCAGCCAGCAAAUGAUCUCUACCAAACUAUCUCCUCAAUAAACCAUCAACAUGACGCCAAGACAAAUUCAGCCACAAUAUAAUGGGGCUGGAUGAUCAGGAAAUAGAUGGAAGAGAGACUGAUCCAAGUUGGGAAAACUAUGAAAACACUUUAACCAAAAUUGAAGAGAACAUGAAUAUGUGACUGUCUGAUAUUGUUUCCCUAAAUAUUGAAAUUGCAUUAUCGGAGGUUUUCUUGACACCAUGAUAACUGUUUUAUUUCUCACUUACGGUG